CCUCACCAUAGUAGGAUUCCAGAUUUUGCAAACCGGACAGUUGGCUCGGAGCCACGCCCCAUCCCCAGCUGCAUGGAUGUUUCAAUCCAGCAUCUCUGAUCAGUGACCACAGGAAGGAUUUGACCUCGCUACGGUGGAGGACAGGACGCAUCCCAUUACUAUACUGGGAAAGCAUCUAGGUAACUCAAUUAACUAUGGCAAACAGAGGACCCAGUUAUGGUCUGAGCCGUGAGGUCCAGGAGAAAAUAGAGCAGAAGUAUGAUCCCGACCUGGAGUCUCGGCUGGUGGACUGGAUUAUUGCCCAGUGUGGAGGAAACAUAGAGAGACCACAGCCAGGAAAACAACACUUCCAGAACUGGCUGAUGGAUGGCACUAUCCUCUGUAGACUCAUUAAUAGUCUGUAUCCGCGUGGUAAGGAGCCUAUUAAGAAGAUCCCAGAGACUCAGAUGGCCUUCAAGCAGAUGGAAAAGAUCUCCCAGUUCCUUCAAGCAACGGAGGCCUAUGGAGUAAUCACCACAGACAUAUUUCAAACAGUGGACCUGUGGGAAGCAAAAGACAUGGCUGCGGUCCAAAGAACUCUGAUGGCCCUGGGAAGCGUGGCUCUCACAAAAGACGAUGGGCAUUACCGAGGUAACCAAGACUGGUUUCACAGAAAGUCUCAAGGGAAUCGGCGAGAGUUUUCUGAGGAGCAGUUGCGCCAGGGCCAGAAUCUGAUUGGCCUUCAGAUGGGCAGUAACCGUGGGGCAUCUCAGGCUGGCAUGACUGGUUACGGCAUGCAUCGCCAGAUUAUGUAAAACUAUACCGCUGCCCGAGAACUUGCCUAAAACAACCAGAAGACCUUAAACCCUCUAACCCCAGCCCACACUGAGCAGUGUUCCUGCUGAGUCUCUGAUGGCGACGUCUGUUUGAUGAGAAAGAAAGAUCCCAGUAACAUCAGAAACUGUAUUAGAGCGUAUAGUUUUAAGAAUUUCAGCCCAUACUAUUUUAAAUGAUUUAUGAUUCACCGGUGAACUAUUAGAGCAUGCUAGAUAUAUCUAUUUAUUUUUGGUUGACUCAUCUUGUUAUAAAAUAUAUUUAUUUAUUUGUAAAUGUAUUCAUGGAGAGUAAUUGUUCACAUUUUAUCAAGCCAAUAAAUGUUAUUUUACAUAAUUGUCUGCCUUAAUAUCUGUAAGUAAACUAUAUGAUGGUAAACCAAAUAACAGCAGUUUAACAAUUUUCUUGUUUGCUCAGUUUUAAAUGUGCAGUAAUUGCCAAAAGUUGGCACAAACAAAUAAUUCUGCCCUUGUUGGUACUAUAUUAAAUAUGAUUAAAAGGGUAUCAAUGCACAUAACCAGGCGUACUGUAUUCAGAUUAAUAUAUUGUGUUUGUGUUGUCCACGCUGUUGUGUUUGAACAUUCCAAAUGAGUUUCUUAAUAAGAUGGUUUUGUUUUGUCAUCAUGUUUUUUGGAAAUAAUAAUAAAU